CAGGGUGGUUCCGCUUCCUGGCAGCAGCAGCAGCAGCUUCAGUCCGGUGUGGAGGAUGAACUCAGGCAAUGGCACCAGGAGGAAAGUCAACAAGCAGCAGCAGCAGCAGCUUUUCAACAACAUGGUGGCGUCUGACACCGAAACACUGGCCGAGAUGCAAAGUCUUUUCAGUAAAGUCCGAACCUAUGCGAGACCAUCCAGUGGCGAGUGGACCAUCCCCGACCAAAACAUCGCUCUGAGACACCCGGCGGAGGAGCACUGCCGUCUGCAGGCGCUGAAGUUGUCACUGAACUCUGUGAAGAACGAGCUCAGCGACAAGAACGUACAGGUGUGGCAUCAGCACACCAACUCCACCAACCGGGCCGGGAAGGUGAUCGCUGCCGUACGUUCCGCCGCCAACGCAGAGAUCUGCACUCAGGCCUGGUGCAAGUUCUACGAGAUCCUGGGGUCCUUUAAUCUUUUUCCAGAGGAGGCUCUUCAGAACGGAGAGCUGAACUCGGUCCACCUGUGCGAAGCUCCAGGGGCCUUUAUAACUGCUCUGAACCACUACAUCAAAACCAGCGAGUCCACACGGUACUGUGACUGGAGCUGGGCCGCCAACACCCUCAACCCGUACCAUGAAGCCAAUGGUGGAGGCACGACCAUCGCAGAUGAUCGGCUGAUCGCCAACACUCUGCCCUGGUGGUUCUUCGGCUCAGACAACACCGGCAACAUCAUGAUUCAGGCACACUUGCUGGAUCUGCAGGCUUUUGUGUCAAACAUGCACAGAGUGGAUUUGGUGACGGCCGAUGGAAGUUUUGACUGUCAGGAGAACCCCGAUGAGCAGGAGGCGCUGGUGGCGUCGCUGCAUUACUGCGAGGUCACAGCUGCAUUGCUGCUCCUGAGCCCAGGCGGCUCCUUCGUUCUGAAAAUGUUCACCCUGUAUGAACACUCCUCCGUCUGCCUGCUCUACCUGCUGAACUGCUGCUUCCAAUCCGUCAACGUCUUCAAACCUGCCACCAGCAAGGCGGGAAACUCUGAGGUUUAUGUUGUGUGUCUGAACUAUGACGCCAAGGAGGCUGUGAGGCCUCUGCUGUCAAAACUGAUUCGCAAUUACGGGCCACAUCUGGCUGACCGAGAGGCACUUUUCCCGAGUUCUGUCCUCCCAGAGUCGUUUCUGAAACAGCAUGAAGAAGUGUGCUUCUACUUCCACACACUGCAGGUGGAGACGAUCACAGAAAACCUGCGACUGUUUGAAGAAAUGAGCACAGAGCAGCGGCAGCAGCUCGACCACAUCAGGGACUGCGUGGCUCACGAAUACCUGCAGCGCUUCCAGGUGAGCUUCCUCCCGCGGAGCAGGUGGAUCUCUCGUAACACGGUGAGUCCCGCCUGCUGCAGCGUGUCAGCUGGUCGACCGCUGGGACAGAAGAAGCAAAUAGGCUCCUUCAACGAGCGCAGGGAGUUGCAGACCCUGAGCUGGAGGCAGCGUAUUGAGAGGGGUUGCCAUGCCAGCUGGAUACAGAGACACUGCACUGAGGACGGCGGGGCGGGAGGCAUCCUGGAGGGACCGUUGUCCAAGUGCCACGUGGACUCAUGGUAUGUGAUUGUUGGGGCUGCACUGCCUGCAGUCAGAAACUCCCCGUUCUGUGAAGGAGGACUGUUAAACCACUUGAAUGAAGCCGUGAUGGACACAGCUGUAGACUGGACCCGUGUUCCUCCCUGUCACUCCUGCCAUGUGGCUUGUGCGGCCUCCAUCCUGUCCGAGGUGGCAGGUCUUUGCGCCUUUAGUGUGGGGAACAAAAAGAAGAAACAGUGCCUGGUGUUUGGCUGCCACUCAGUGUGGGGUGCUUGUGAGAGCCAAAUUGGGGAUUUAGUCUUAACAUUUUCUGCAGAGCCUUCAUUUCCUCCAAGAGGCUGCAUGUCGCUGCACGACGGGGAGCCGCUGUACCAGCAGCAGCUCGUAGCUUGUGUCCUGUUUUCCCUGCAGACCCUGAGCUCCGGAGAUGCGCUGCUGCUGCCGGUGUUCUCCGCCCUCACUCGUGUCACCGCAGCUGUUGUGCUCUGCCUGCACGCAUGUUUUCGCUCAGUCUCGUUCAGGUGCCCGCCCCCCUCCGCCGCGGUCGGGAUGCUGCUUGUGUGCGUUGACUUCUGCCCCGAAGCCGCUGCCCGAAUGCUGCCAGUUCUCACUGACGUCCAGAACUGCAUGAGUCAGCUGUUAAACGGGGGAGAGGACACGGGUAAAAGUCAGCCUGCUGGAGGUGACAGACAGGUGCUGCAGUUUGUUCCCAUGGAGGAGCUGCUCACUGGAGGACUGACUGAGUUCCUGUGGACCAUGAACUCUGAAAUCAUCCAGCGGAAGCUGCAUCUGCUCAUGCAGUCGUAGUGUAGUUUAGUGAGCUUUCACUCUGGGAUUCGUGCUGUCGCUUCAGAAGCUGUUACAGUCUGUUUUGUUCUUGUUGAAGCAGCAGACUGCUCAGCUGUGUGAGCUUCCAGCAGUUAGUCAUUGAAUCAUGUUUGCAUGCUGAUACCUACAGAGCACUCAUGUGAUUGAACAUUACACUCCGACAGCGUUGUCUGACUCUCAGUGGACGGAUUGAAACAUGUUAACGCUGAACUAGCAGGACCAGAGAGAUCCUCUCUUCUGUGCUUGUGAAAACCUGGUGCCUACGUUACCCACAGUUCAACUUGACCUUGGAAUUAAGCUUCUGUUUGACUCCACACUUCCAGAUAUCUUCCAUUUUUUGCGUUGCAGUCUUGAGGAGUAAUGCUGCCUGUUGGAGGACAUUCAUCAGAAUUCACUCGCAUGCUUUGAAGCCGCAAAAGACUUCAUAGAGCUGCUGGCACAUUUUCACUUAUUACACAUAUAUUGGUAUAAAUGUAUGCCUUAAAUGAUUAGUUACAAGAAACAGAACAGAAGCACGAAUGAUGCUGUCAUUGUAUGGUGUGUUUGAAUUCAUCAGUGAGUUUAUUUCUCAUCUGUAAACUGUUCACUACAUUUAUCAGACAGUUAUUUACUGCCCAAAUUGAACAGAUCUUUUUUCAGAGAGUGUUUUUAUUUGAUGUGCUUAUAAUAAACUUUACAAAUAGCAGCUGAUCAGCUGUUAUCAGACCAACCUUAAGGUGAAAAUAUCUUAUUUAGAUAUACAUACUUUUCUAAAGCCCAGCCCACAGUGGAAUCAAUGCUGAUAUUGAUUUAUUUCAGUUAAAAAGAAACAAUCCAAUAAUAAUGAUUUGUUGUCAUUGACUUGCAUUUGGUUAUUAAAUACGAGGGCCUAUUCGUUAAUGCACUAAGCAGGGCAUUUUAGAGUUAAAAAAUACACUUUUCAGUGUCAUGUGGCUCCACAAGAAGCUGAAACCAUCAGUCUACCGUUUUAACACAUCAGCCGGGCACGAAUGCAGAUGUCCAGCCCACGAUGUUGAAUAAAUUCAGCCUCACUUCAUCGGUUAAAUCUCACCAUGACUUCAGUUCAAAUUGUUGUAGUUUGUGUUUCACCUCCAACAACAUGUCAGUCUGUUGUGUACACAGCCACUGAAGACCUGCAGGCGAGACCAAAACUGUGAAGAUACAAACUUGCAAAGCAUGAAAAAGCAAAUUACUUUCAGUAGCUGAUCAACAGAGCUCAUCCGUGAGUAAAUUCACUGAGGAUUUUAGGGAGGCUGAACAAACAGGAGUCCACCCUCAGCCGCAAACAUCACAGAGAGUCUGGACUCUACCCCCAAGUGCCUGCUGUCUUUCAUCACAUGAUUUCAUCCCAGGAUGUUCGGGAUUUUUCCAUCUUUUCGCCAUCGUGCAGCUUGUAGCCAAAUUAGUCAUUUCUCUGUUUGUGUCCAGUGAUAUCAAACUUUCUAUCCUCAUAUCGAAGGACAUUAAAAUGUUUUAUAGGUCAUGAUCUGCUCAGCUCGAGAGGUGUUUUUAGUUUUUUCAUUUGUUGAUUCUGUUGUCAGUAUAAUUUAAUGUAGUUUAUUUUCUUACAAAAAUAAUAAAAGUGUGCACUGAUGAAUG